AUGACGCAAUCGUAUGGAUUUUACAAUACCAAUAUUACAAAAUUUGAUUCAAUUUUUUUCAUAUACAAAGCAAUAAAACCGAAAACAAAACACUCAAACACAUCAAUGACGAGUAGAUUUGCAUUGGCGAAUGCAACAAGAAAAGGACAUAUUAGACAUCAAAAUCAUAUGGGAUUAAUUGCUGAAGAAAAUUCUGAUGGAUCACGUCGAGCAAUUAUGACAAAAAGAAAUCAUAAUAUAUCAACUACUACUACCGUAAUAAGUCCUAUAGCAGCAGCAGCCGCUAAAGCUUCUUGGAAUAAACCUGAUAUUAAUGAUCAUUUGAGUGCUGAUGAAAGAAAAAGAUUAUCAGAUUCAAUGGAAAACGUGAAUGGUUAA